AUGGAUAACUUAAAUACAUUUGUUUCAAGAUCGUUUAAGAAUCAAUUUGUUAACAGUGAGAGUAAUGAAAGGCUUUCAAAAUUGAAAGUAGUGACCGAAAAGUGGAAACCACAAAAUAAUUCCUAUUUGCUUUCAAAGAAGCGCCUCAAAAAAAAUUGUGGCGAUAAUAAAGACCUCUCUAAUGCAAACAAAUUAGACAACGUCAAAGCUUGUAGGGUUUCAAAUAAUAGCAAUUCUCCAAAAAUAGAUAACAAACCUUUGUCAACUACAGAUUCAUCAAUCCACAAGCGUUUAAAUUUAAAAUCACUGAAAUCAAAAGAAUGGAUUUUAUCCGAAGGCAAUAUUUUUGGAAACGGUAAUAUCCAUUUGGACUCUUUAACAACGAUGGAUGAAGGAACUUCCUAUUCUGAUCGUAGUUCAUCGCCAUGCUCUUUAUUUCAAAACUUAAUGGCCACUCCAAAAAAUAUUUCCUUUAAACACUCAUUAAAAACUUCGAACGACUUACCGCCUGAAUCCACAAGUAGUAGCCAAUCAGCUAUAUCUAAUAAAAAACGUAGAUCACGUACAAAUUUUACCGUUGCCCAAUUAAGUGAACUGGAGAGACUAUUCGAAGAAACGCACUAUCCAGAUGCUUUCAUGCGAGAAGAGCUAAGUCAACGAUUAGCUCUUAGUGAAGCUAGAGUACAGGUUUGGUUUCAAAACCGAAGAGCCAAAUGUAGGAAGCAUGAAAAUCAAAUGCAGAAAGGACUAGUGAUAAAAAGUCAAAACUGCCCAAUAUCAACGCAUGUAGAAACUAGUCGCGUCACACCUUAUGUUAAUUUUUCUACUCUUCGCACUUCAUCUACAACUUUUGCAAUCGUUCAAUCAAAUUCAUUAUCUACUUUAAGAGAUUCCGAAAAUGAUCUCAACGCAUCAUUAUCUACGCAACAUAUCUCCUCGAGCUCGAUAACCGCAGCCGCAAGUAUUUCAGCUUUCGAUUCUGCGCUUAUAUCAGUAGCUCAACAGUAUGCAACUGCUCUGAGAAAUAAUGGUUCAUCUGGUUUAUUUUCUUUAUCUCAACAUCCAAUAAACUUAGCAGCUAUAGCAUCAGCUCAAAGUAAGAGUUCCAGCAUAGCGGAUUUGCGAAUGAAAGCAAAAAAACACUCGGAAUCACUUGGUUUACCUACAGAAAAUAUUAUAUAA